AUUGUUUUGCCCACUAUCCACUAUGAAGCUACGCUGAUUGCAUACUUUUAGGGAAAUUAUUGUUUCAAAAAAGAUUGAUUUCAUAGCAUCGCAGUAACCAAAUGAAAAUUUGUACGGUUAGCCUAUUAUUUGGUUUCGGUGUUGAGUGUUUAAAAGCAAUAUUGUCGUCUUGUAGUUUAUAUUCUAAAUUGUUGUUAUCAAAUCACAAAAAUGGAAGAUGAUCAUGCGUCUCCGGGAAGGAAGAAGCGUAUUAGACUACCAAAUCAAGCACCACAGAACGGAGGGUCAUCGUAUGAUCAAACACGUCGAAUUAUCAAUGAUCUACCCAUUACUCCAACCAUGUUCGAUGGUACUUUUCCUGCGUAUGAAGAAUUUCCCUCUACUAUCGUGCCGGAAACAUCCGUCUCUGAGCUUAGUUUCUCUUCCGAGUCCCCGGAUAGCGACUCCACCGUCCAAUAUCAGACGACCGAUCCGAUCAUUGAGCUGCCAUCCACCCCCUUGAAGGAUGGCAACAGUUCACGCGUGUGUGUGGAAUGUGUAGAAUCUGAAACCAUCACACCGAGCACGAUUGGUGCGGCACUAGGUUCCGGGACGGUGCUAAUGCAACGAUCGUUGGAAAAUCGGCUAGCGAAACAGUUGGAAGAAAUGCACACUCUGAUGGAUAACGAUGAGGAAUUAGUCGUACUGAAGCAACACAGCUUCCGAUCGAUGGCAUCGCACCCGGCGUUUAACAAGGAUAUGAUGCGAGGCUUUAUGGAGCAUUCGGAAACGAUGUUUAACCUGGUGCACGAUGCACAAGGCAACAGUGUACAGUUUGUCAUUGGUAUUGAGGAAGCGGAACCUAGCGACACGGAAGCACCGGGAUGUUCACACAGGAAGGUUCGUCACUCUGUCGAGCCCACCAUAACCGACGAUAAUCAGGAGAGCGAGUUUGUGGGAUGUUUCAGUAAGGACAAUGAUAUGGUGUUGUACAAGCGAACGAUGCAGGAAGGAUUGAAAAGUGGUCGUGACGAUCGGAAGAGCAUUGAUACACUUAUCGCCCAUCAUGCCGAAUGUCUGGUGGAAGCGGAUAAUGUGACCAAACCGCUGGUUCAUGUACGACCGGGUAAUGAUAAUAAUUUGCUUGCCUUGCUGACGUUUUCCGAUCAGUCAUCGGCCAUACUGAAAACGUCAAGUGCAAUGGUGGAAGGAAUUCGUUCAGAAGACGAACUUAACGAAGCGCUGCUUACCACGUAUCGGCAGCUUCUUGCAAAACCAGACGAAAUGAUUUCGAUGCAAACACAAGCCGCUCCCGUUUCAGCAAGUCCAAGCCAACAUGGUUCCGAAGCACCUCAACAUAAGCACCAUCUACGUUCUGGUGUAUUGAGUAAUCUUACGAACGCCACGUCCAGUUUCGGUCUUUCGAAUACAUCUCCCGUUGGAAUGGUGGUGCAGGGAUCAAGUAAGAAUUGGAUCAAAUGUCCCAAGACGCAACAUGCAGCCGAAAUCGUUCUCAACCUCCGUUUGCUAAUCGAAGAAUACAUCCUACGAAACAUUUCUGUAACUGGAACGGUUGUAAAGUUUGUCUCGCACGUCCUAUCGGAUGUGUUACGGUGCACCCGCCAAAACAUUGGAGACGAGUUCCGGGAUCUUGGUUUGGUUGAUAAAAUCAAACACGUACUUGACGAGCUGCUGAUGCCACACGAGUUAGAAGAUCCGUUGAGUAUAGUGAACCGAUUACGUCAUACAAUUGAGGAAAUUCAAAUGUAUCCGAUCCAAACGCAAACGGUGAGGAAUGGUGAAGAUGCGUGGAAUUGCGUACUUGCAAUGUUGGAAAAAUUAUCUUGUGAGUUGGACCACGAAGUAAAGCAUCCGGACCAGUUCAUUGAAGCGUUACAGUUUGGAAUAAGAAGUGUUAUCGAUACGUCUAACGUUAGUAUCGAACCACCGGCUACGAAAGUUGUGUCGAUGGAUCCAUCUCCUCCUCAAGUAGAUUCAACCUUUUCCAGCACUUCCAACAUACUGGGCAUUGAUCGAUACGAAGCACCUUCGGUAUCAUUUUGUAAACCCAGCACAUGUUUAACGGGGCUAGUGAUGUAUGUGUGGUCGGCUUUCGUGUGGAUAAUGAAUCAAAUGAAUAGUUUUUGGGAGUUUCUCAAUAGCCCACCGCCACCGCUUCUAACCGAGCCCUCAAUAUCGUUUCAUCCGCUCAUUUCUGAGGAUGGAAAGCACACCCAACUGCAUCAGGUUGAGCGUGAUCAGAUUAAUCAGGCGACAAACGUGUUACGAAUCGCGCUGGAAAAAUCUUCCCCUCGUGCAUCGGGCUCGGACGAUACGAACCGUUCGGUAAAUGAUCGUUCGAUUGAAAUGUUUGCCCAUCUGCUUCAUCAUGCCGGUAACAUUGAGCUGAAGCAUUCCGACUCGCAGCACAACAUCCACCUUCAGCUGCACACCAGCAUUUCGGGGGUGUUGGAAAAACGGGAAGCGGACGAGUAUUUGACGAUGGCGGGAAGCGUUCGUGACCACGAGGCGAACGUGGCUGUAUUUUUCGAAGCCCGCAUUAUCGAUAUGGAAUCGUUGGCACAAGUUGAGUCGGUUAUGGAAUGCAUUACCAGGAUCGAGCGACUAUCGGACGACAUGGAAAGCAGUGAAGUGUUAUCUGACGAAACAAUUGUACAUUCCGCACCAGCAGGACAGCACGAUGAUGAGCAGAUGAUUAGUGACCUGAUUCGGGAGAUGGUAUCCGAUGGCAAGUACGAGGAUCCCUUGCAGUCGGUCCACUCUAUAGGACCAGAACAGUUGCUUCGAGAGAUCAAGGGUUGUUUGCAGGAUCUCUUGGAACCGGUGACAACAGCUGUACACAACAUGUACGAACAGUUCGACAGUGGCAGUGUUGAGAAAUCGUUCACUACUCAGGUGGCUGCAUCAGAGCAACACGACACUGUGGAGAUCGAAGAGCAAAUAAUACAUCCUGCAACCGAAGAAAAAGAUCAAGAUCAAGGUAUGAGCGAUGCAAACCGUGGCUCUGUUUCUAAUAAGGAGAUAUCAGUUUCGGAAGACAACGUCCAUACGAACUCUGAGCUGGAACAACAAUGCACAAUGGAUUCGCCGUUAGAAGAACCACUGCAAGAGUUACUGGCGCUUUUCCACGUUACAAACGAUCGGCUUGCACUGAUUGAUUCCGAUAUUACGACCAUUCGAAUCCAGAUACAGCAAUUGAUUACCCUACAGGAGCAACAACAGGGUCCUCCUGAUGGAACUAAAGCGAUGCAGACCGAGGAGCGUCGUUCACGUCGAAAGUCUUCAUUAAAACCUCUCACGAACCAAACACCAUACGAAGCUCCAUUGACCAAAUGUCCGAUACAACAGCAGACACUGCACUUUGGUCAGAGUGGUUCAUACUGCCCGACAGAAAUAUACUCCUGCCAUCCAGUUUCUCCGGAUGUGCUAGUCGUUCACUGGAGAGUAUUGGACGAGAGUAUACUACACUGUAUAGCAGGUUUUGAGAUUUACAUCGACGAUAGUCUACGAUCUGUUUGUUUUUCGAACAAGCGAAGAACGGCUUUGAUUGGCAACAUUGAUCUGCAGAAGCAUCAUCAUAUUGCACUUCAUGUAACAAUUCAGCCGGACUCGGGUGGAGCAAGCAAGACGGCGGCACAAUGGGUACCUGCAUUCUUCCUUUAUCACACGUGAGCUGUGAAGUUCCAUUCGCAUUGUCGUUUAGAUAUGUUAAUCAGCGAAUCCUAGGACGAACUAUGAAACAGAAGCGAAUCAUUGUCUAACCUACUGGUUUUCAUUAAACAUUAAAGGAUGUACAUCAAACGGUAAAUACAUGUUCAUGUCAUGAAAUACUAACCUUCUAGGGCAAAGUAAA